AUGGCUGUGAGGGAGGAAUCCGUGGCAGAAGCUUUAGAUUGUUGUCACUUCUCUAGUUUCGUGUUUCACAUUUUUAGAUUAAGCUUAUCACCACUUAUCGCCUCCUCGUGAUUCAUCAGCAAAGCCCCUCACAGAAACGUGUGCGGACGUGUGAAUUGCAUUUCAGAAGCAUGACACGUGAAAAGAAGAGCCCGUAGAGUGAAACAUUCUAACCUGGUCUGACAGCGUCAAAGUCAAUAAAACGAAAAGGCAAAGAGGUCCUGUCAAUUUUUUGUGCUAUGUCAAUAUAAUUUUGAGAGUUAAAACGUCAGCAUGGGCACAACUACAAGCCGACAUGGUGAUCCUACCAACAAUGAAUAUCUCAACCAAUUCUAUGGACAAGAUCCUAUUCCAAGUGACCACCCAUUUUGGAACAAAUUUCUUUCCUUUUCCAUCUCACCACCAACUACUUGUUCAGACCACAGAAAUUUGGAUGCUAAGUUGCGACCAUGUUGCGAAGUUCUUGCAGUAAAUAAUCUGAAAACAGGAAAUUUUUCAUCAUUGAUUAAAGUCUUUCUUCAAAGAACACGAGAACUGCUUGCUAAUGUCGAAUCAGAUGUCAACCAGUUGUGUACGCAAAUUUACAAUGCUCUUUUUAUAAUUCGAUGUUUCACUAAAUAUUUGGUGGAGACAUAUAAUGAAGAAGAAAUUUUACAACAGUUUGAAUCCAAGCAAACCUCUCAGACCGGUAUGUAUUACAUUGACCUGGCUCCCGUGUCUAUCCCAUUUGUCACUGAAUUUAUAAUUAUUAUUGUUGUGGUUAUAGGUUCAGUUGAUAGUGAUGUUAAUUCUAGCAAUCUGGACAGUUUUCUAGAUGCUCUAAUUGAAAUAGUUGUGGAUGUUCCUCUCAAGGAUUACACUUACAUUUUGCACCUAGAAGCCAUCAAUUGUAUACUUGUUCUGCUGUCCAUUCAAAUGUUCUCUACCCAGCCUGCAGAAAAAUUGUGUGUUUAUCGGAGUUUGAUGCAAGGGCGAAAUUCCAUACACUCACCCCUCCUUGUUAGGACACUCCUUCAACAUUUUAUAAAUCAAACAAAAGUUCCUCCUGGUGUGCUGAAUGGUGAUGGACAGGGUGGCAGCAUUGUUUUGGGUCUUGCUUCAUUCGGAGGAGUUUUCUCAUCAAUUUAUGCUGGUUUGUGGAGUAUUGUUACUCUGGGGUAUGGGCGCAGCAAUGAGACAGAUGAGCUCCUCAUGGCAAUAGAGGCUGCUGCUACUCCUGAGGAACGCCAGAAAGCUCGAGAAGCUUUGCACAGCAGAGCUCCACUUGCAGGACAGGCAUUGCUCCUCUUGCUGGUUUUGGUGAACCACUGUACAUCGGACAAAGGACCAUUAAGGAAUCCUUAUCGACAGGCAUUAUUCAGUUUCACAGCUGCCCAUAAAGAUGAUGAUGCUGUGGCUUCAGCUCCAACUAAAGCAGCCUCCACAUUUAAACUGGAUACUGGAGCUCUUUAUGGGGCCCUCUGCCAUGUUCCCAAUAGUGACCAAACAACCCUUUUAUUGUAUAUGCUUCUCCAUAGGAAUCAACAAUUUCGAACUUAUGUCAUUUCCAGGUCUGACAUUGAACAGUUGUUAGUACCAAUUUUGCGGACUCUUUAUCAUGCCCCAGAUAGUAAUUCCCACCACAUAUAUAUGUCACUUAUUGUCAUAUUAAUAUUAAGUGAAGAUGAUUUGUUUACCAAAACUGUUCAUGAUGUUAUGCUGAAAGGUGCCUCCUGGUACACAGAAAGAGCAGUGUCUGAAAUUUCACUCGGGGGCUUGCUUAUUCUUGUUAUCAUAAGGAGUAUCCAGUACAACAUAUCAAAAAUGAGGGACAAGUACUUGCACUCAAACUGCUUGGCAGCUUUAGCAAACAUGAGUGGCCAGUUUCGCUGCUUACAUCCGUAUGUCAGUCAACGUCUUGUUAGUCUCUUUGAAACCUUAGCCCGAAAAUAUGUGCGUCUUGAAGAGAGAAUCAAGAACAGCCAAAGUCUUCCUAAGCCCAAUUCACCUCCAGUGGAUACCAAAGUUAAUGCUGAAGGACAAGUCUCAAGCGUUGAAAAAAAGGAAGGGCACCCUCCUACAGAGUCAACUGAAGGACCAUCUGGUGAAAUUGCCCCUGACCUUGCCCAAGACCUGACAGUUUUGCAAGAAGUUUUAAGAAUGGUGCUGGAAAUAAUUAACUCUGGUCUAUCACAUCAACUCCAACACAAUCCAAAUCUUCUGUAUACACUCCUUUACAAGAGAAGUGCUUUUGAACCUUUCCGGACACAUCCUGCUUUUGAAGACAUUAUCAACAACAUUGAUGCUGUAAUCAAUUAUUUUACCAGCAAACUAGAACAUGAGAACUCAGACCUAGGGGAGAAUGAAGUGUUGGCGACAAUUCAGCGUGGUGCAUUGCAAUGGCCUCGUGAACGUCUCAAGAAAUUUCCAGAUUUGAAAUUCAAGUAUGUUGAGGAAGACAAGCCAGAAGAAUUCUUUAUACCCUAUGUUUGGUCAUUAGUAGUGCAUAGCUCUGGUAUUUACUGGAGUGCCAAUAACAUGAAAAUGUUUGUGGCUGAUAGUGAUGUUCUUGCUCACUAAUCAAAUCAUUCAAUGAUUUAAAUUCUGGUCCUACAACUUGGCUGUUUAAAGCUGACCACAGCCAAUCAAAAAAUUCAUACUUGUCCUAUUUUUACAUGAAUGUUCCCCUUGUUUCACUUAUUUGACAUUAAUUAUCAAGGCUACUUUAGUAUAAGCUGUUGCAAAAGUAUUCACUCUGAUUUUUAUCAAGUGUUACAGCUCUGUCCUUGAGGAACAUGAUUGUGAUACCAACAUUUUGUCAAAGAAAAUUUAUUUAUGUUGUAAUUUGUGUGUAUGUUUGUGUUUGCAUGUAUGUGAAAGGCGAGUUUGCACAGAGACUGUUCUAAAAUAGGAAUGAUUUAUUUAACCUAAGUGCAAAGGAGUCAGAUACCUGUUGACAAAGAAAGUGGUGCGAACAGAUGCAUUCUUUUCUUCCUUCUGAGGAAAGUUAGUGUGACAUCUGUGUUCUUUCUGCAGCUAUGAAGGUUUCAGCAGGUCAUUAAUUUUGUAGAACAUAUAAACCAACUAAGGGUCAAAACUCUUAAUUUGUUACAUAAGAGUAUUGCCUACAUAGUGUUGCAGAAAGAAGAUAAAAUAUGCUGUUGAUAUUGAUGAAAAAUAUUAUCUUGAGGUCCUAUUUGUAUCUAUUUCUUUAAUUAGGUAACAGUGGUGUUCAACAUAUGAAGCAAUACUACUUUUAAAGGAUACCAUAAUCAUUGUGCAAUAUUUUUUGAAACUGAAUUCUUGACUGCCUGCUAAAACUUUGUACUCAAUAAUAAGACCUAGAAAAGUAUAUGUUUUAGGUACAAACUAAAAAAAUAGGGGAUGGGUCAGUAUCACUGUCAGUAUAUUGUUUUUGCAUCAGUGUUUUACAGGGCAAAUGGAACAGAGAUAUCUUAUUUUAUAUCUUUUAAAACCAAUCAUGUCAUCUGACAAACUGGGCUGACAACUUGUUAUACAAUUUCUAUUUUAUGUCAUAUGUUGAAAAUAAAGUCAUAACACGAA